UGCUGCAAUUCAACUUGCUGCAAUUCAACCUGCUGCAAUUCAACCUGCUGCAAUUCAACCUGCUGCCAUUCAACCUGCUGCAAUUCAACACCCCGCAAUUCAACCUGCUGCAAUUCAACCUGCUGCAAUUCAACCUGCUGCAAUUCAACCUGCUGCAAUUCAACCUGCUGCCAUUCAACCUGCUGCCAUUCAACCUGCUGCCAUUCAACCUGCUGCAAUUCAACCUGCUGCCAUUCAACCUGCUGCCAUUCAACCUGCUGCAAUUCAACCUGCUGCAAUUCAACCUGCUGCAAUUCAACCUGCUGCAAUUCAACCUGCUGCAAUUCA